AUGCGUCUACUUACAACUGGACGUGAUGGCGAACGUGGUCUAGCUGACUUUGUUGGCGAUCAUAUCCCGCCCUAUACAAUUCUUUCGCACACUUGGGGAAAGGACUGUGAUGAGGUUACCUUUCAAGACAUGAUUGAGGGCAAAGGGAAGAACAAUCUUGGCUAUGAGAAGCUCCUGUUUUGCGAGAAGCAAAGUGCAAAUGACAACAUCCAGUUUUUCUGGGUGGAUACCUGCUGCAUCCAUAAAACAAGCAGCGUAGAGCUUUCUGAGGCAAUUGAUUCUACGUACCACUGGUAUCACAACGCAGAUGUUCGCUACGUGUACUUCUCCAUGUAUCAAUCGAAUUUUCCUUUCAUCUUGCAUAGGGGCUCAGCAUUGCACGAGAUUGGCGACACGUUGAAAUGCCUUAUGGGCGAUGUGAACAGAGAUGGCUGGCCAGAUAUGGUCGCUUUCAAGUCGAGAGGCACCAGUAGACACAUGAUUGAACUCAGCGUCCUUUCUGGAGCCUCAUUAUUCAGGACAUUCAUUGCACAAAUAACAAGUGGCCUGCCCGUAACAAAGGCAACACAAUAUGACUUUGCCCUGGUAGACUGGGACGGUGGCAAGAAAUCGGGUCCCGUUGUCAACAAGAAAGGCAGCAAUGAUACUAAGACCAUCUAUGCCCGCAUCUUUUCCGGAGCCUCUAAUUUGCAAGACGUUAUUCUGCAAACCGGGACCGCACCCACUAAACUGACGACACAUGGACCUUCUCAAUGGGAAGGCAUCAACGGCACUAAAGCGCACGUCCUCUCCGGCGCAUCAGGCUUCCAGGAAUGCAUGCUGCCAAUGGGCACUUGCUUGCACGAAACUAACGCUGGAUUCCACUUCGCCGUCGCAGACUGGAACGCCGACGGGUGCUCAGAUACAUCACCAAGACCCACGAGCCUUCAAGGGCCUAAGGAGAUAAAACCCCCAGCACGCAGUGUGAUUUAUAAGCUGGACUGA